CACGCGCACCGCUGGAGGCAGUCGCGCUGCAGUCCUGGUCUUGUUUGGACGAACUCUGACUGAUGUUAACGGCGCAGAGAGACAUUAUGAACCAACUCCGCACAGAGACAACAUUCCAAACUAUGUCUGCGGCAGCGUGCUCUGACGGACUUGGCACAGGUGAAUGAGAACAUAGCUUAUUUUUUGGGGUAAUAUUCUACUCCCACUCUGCUCAGUGAGAGGAGACAGACACGGCAGUGCUUCACCCCGUCUGCCAGGCUUCAAGGUGCAGCAGGCGGGAGAGGGACGGAAGAAGAGCCGCUGUUUAAUUAACCAUCCGACCUCACGUUGUCGCACAAAAUAACGUGACGGCUUUGCUGAGUGACCAUAGACGGAGACACACGGCAGAGGACACUAUGUCAAAGGAGGCGCGAGGAAGAGGAUCAGCACGAAAGCACAGUGCCACUCAUUGGUGUCUGCAGAAUAUCGCACAGGAAUCAGUUGACAGCUCCGAUGAGGAGUUCUUUGAUGCCAGAGCAGAUGUUAUGGAGGGGAAAAGUGCCAUUCUGCUGGGUAUGAGUCAGUGGAACUCAAAUGACCUGGUGGAGCAGAUCGAAACUAUGGGACACAUGGAGGACCAGUCGCAUGAGGGUCUCUACCAGCUGGGAGGUCCUCGCUGUGCCCCUCAGAGCAGCAUUGAUGGAUUGGAGGAUAUAGAGAGAAAAUGCAAGACGCAUGUGCUGCUGCUAGUGGUGCAUGGGGGGAACAUUUUGGACACAGCAGGUGGAGACCCGAGCUCAAAGUCUGGAGAUGUGGACACCCUGACCUCCGUGCUGGAGAAGGUAACACGGGGACAUUUCCAGGCUGCCGCAGAACACGUGAAGAUAAAGCUGGUGCCAUCUCCCGCUGUCUGCGCAGAGGCCUUCUCCCUGGUGUCCAAUCUGAACCCGUACAGCUAUGAUGAGAGCUGUGUGUCCAGCAGCGUGGACCACCUGCCUCUGGCUGCCCUCCCCCUCCUCGCUAUCGUCUCACCUCGCUACCAGGAUGCCGUGGCAACCGUGAUCGCCAGAGCCAACCAGGUCUACCGCAGUUUCUUGCAGUCAGAGGACGGCCAGGGAUUCACGGGUCAGGUAUGCCUAAUGGGUGACUGUGUGGGAGGUGUGCUGUGCUUCGAUGCUUUGUGCUUUAGCAACCACCAGAGACCUGGAAGCCCCAACAACAGCAGCAAGAACAACAGCACUGAGAGCCUGAAGGAUAAUUCGGGGCUACUGGGAGAGUCUAGCCUGGGUCUGAGUUCUAGCAAGAGGCUCAGUAAGAGCAACAUCGAUAUCUCCGCCCCAAACGAAGGGCACAGCCAAAGCGGGCCGCCACUCAGCCGCAAGCAGAGCGACUCGUAUGACGGAGACACCUCAUCCACAGGCCAGCACAGCUUUUUCUCCAGCCUGAUGAAGGAUAGUGUGGAGGUGUGUGGUGGCAGCGGCAGCAGUCUGGUGUUGAAUCCGGGGCGAUUCGACUUUGAGGUGGCAGACUGUUUCCUGCUGGGCUGCCCUUUGGGCCUGGUGCUGGCCAUGAGACGCACCGUGCUGCCUACCGUCCAGGUGAGCCAGCUGCAUCCAGCCUGCUCUCAGAUUUUCAACCUGUUUUACCCUUCGGAUCCCUCAGCCUCCAGACUGGAGCCGCUGCUGCAGCCUCUCUUCCACAAGCUGCCCCCCUUUGCUGUGCCGCGCUACCAGCGCUACCCUCUCGGAGACGGCCGCUCAAUGCUCAUAGCGGAGAGUAUCCAAAGCCAUCCAAAUGUGUUUUUGGAAGGUGGAAAAACUCUUGGAGGUCCAGCUUCACAGACGUCCUCUGAGACAAAGCCUGAAGGAGGAGUAGAAGAGGGAGGUCGUAGAGCUAGCGUGACCAGUGUGGAAAGUGAAAUGUCGAUUUGCUUCAUGGGCCAGCUGGGAAACACCAUCACUAACAUUUCCAGUAGCUGGUGGGGCUCCAAGAGACUGGAUUAUGCUCUGUACUGCCCGGAUGUGCUGACCGCCUUCCCAACGGUGGCUCUGCCUCACCUUUUUCAUGCCUCCUACUGGGAGUCCACUGACGUAGCAGCCUUUGUUCUUCGGCAGCUCAUGCGAUGUGACUCCUUGAAGACCCAGGAAGCGGACAGUUUGGGCUCCACUUCAUUCUCUCCCUCCAGCCCACGAGAAAAAUGGCUCAGAAGGAGGACACAUGUCAAACUAAGGAACGUCACUGCCAACCACAGGGUGAAUGACGUCAUUGCGACCGAGGAUGGGCCCCAAACGCUGGUUGGUCGCUUCAUGUACGGCCCCUUGGACAUGGUCACUCUGACCGGAGAAAAGGUGGACAUCCUGCUAAUGACACAACCUCAGUCUAGUCGCUGGGUGCACUUUGACACGGACGUCACCAACAGCAGCGGCAGAAUCACAUAUACCGUACCCAAGAGCAAGAAGCUGGGCCUAGGAGUGUAUCCAAUAAAAAUGGUUGUCAAGGGCGAUCAAACGAGUGCAGAGGCCUACCUGACUGUGUUGCCACGGGGCAUGGAGUGUGUGGUCUUUAGCAUCGAUGGCUCUUUUGCUGCUAGUGUGUCAAUCAUGGGCAGUGACCCCAAGGUCCGCCCCGGAGCUGUGGAUGUCGUCAGGCAUUGGCAGGACCUGGGAUAUCUGAUCAUCUACAUCACAGGCCGUCCUGAUAUGCAGAAGCAGCGUGUGGUAUCCUGGCUCUCUCAGCACAAUUUUCCCCAUGGCAUGAUCUUCUUCUCUGAAGGCCUAGUUCAUGAUCCCCUGCGGCAAAAGACCAUCUUCCUCAAGAACCUCGUACAGGAGUGUCACAUUAAGAUUAACUCUGCUUACGGCUCCAUGAAGGACAUCACUGUUUACAACAUGCUUGGCCUUGGUCCCUCACAAAUUUAUAUUGUUGGCAGACCUUCGAAGAAGUACCAAAAUCAGUGCCAGUUCCUGAGCGAGGGCUAUGCAGCGCACCUGUCCACGCUUCAGUUUGGGCACAGAACCAGACCCAAGAAAUCCCCUUCAGUUCGAAUGGUCCUGAGGAAGGGCUCAUUUGGUCUCUCAGCGAAGCCUGACUUCCUGUGUAAGCGCACCCACCUGCGCAGGACCAUGUCUGUGCAACAGCCAGACCCCCCCUGCACCCCCAACCCCAAGCCUGAGCGUGCUCAGAGCCAGCCGGAGUCAGAUAAGGACAAUGGGGGAGGAGGGGGAGGUGGAGGAGGACUUGGCCCAUGGGGACGACCCUCCAUACAUCGUGGAGACACGACUCCCUGACGUCAAAAAAGAGAUGGAAGGAUUGCAAGAGGGUAGACGAGGAGGAGAGCAAAGAGGUCAUAGUGUCUUGGGCCAAGGUGAGAUCUUGUGUUUAAAUAUGGAAGAUUUAAAGAAUUUUUACAGGUUCUAACAACCUUUCUUAUUUUUGUUAUUUUAGCCACCCUUCUUUACAAAAAUAAUUCCUUUGCACUAUCCUAGCAUAACCAAAUGCAGUCAUUCGAUCAUGUACAACAAGCAAUUAUUACUUCCAUUUUAGUUGCACUUGCUUGUUUGCAACCUGUGAUCACCUGUUUCUUGCCCUUCUGGAUUUGCACAGUUUGAUGUGUCACAUAAUCAAAUUGAAAUUUGCAGAAUGAACACAAUUCUAAUAGUGCCUGUAAAAAAUGUAAAUGUGUGGUUGAUUGUUUUCCAUUAGAGAAUAACAAGACCUGUUAUUUUAUUGAACAUUUGCAGCCUCUCACGUCUGUUAAGCCAUCUAAGAGCGUGAUGCUCCGCGUAGCUUUGAUGCAAAUACAGAUUGAUUUGCUUGCUAGUCUUGACUCCUGACCAAGUCAAUAAACGCCCACCUUCAUUAGAUAAUGUUCUUUGAUGUACCUUAUAUAUUAAAGCAUUUACACAUUAAGUCACUGAGCAUUUUAUUACCAAGGUAGGGUCUAAGAGCGCAACAUAAAGAAGGAAAACAGAAAUCAUUAAUGAAGGAAGCAGUGCAGGAGAAAAGUAACAAUGAGCCAUUUUUCUGGCAACCUGUGUAAACGAAUGCUAUCAUAAGCAGCUCUCUAGGACAGAAUGUAGAUCCGCCCAUGAUUAUGAUAAACGAAGUUCUGAUGAGCUACAAUGCAAUGUUCUCCCAUGCUUGAAAUUGACUAUUUCUAGAGUUGGACAUAUUGUCAGAGCAAUUAUGAAUAUUAAAGCCAAGUCACUGUGACAGCCUGUCGGAACAAUAUGCUAAUACAGAACACGCAAAAGCUAAUCAAAAUGAUUUAAUCGUACAGAACAUGAGACUUAACUAAUAUGUCCUAUAUUAUUUGACAGUGUCACCUCUACAUGUUGUACAUGUACAUUGGAUCCUCUGCUGGCAUCGCUUGCAGCUCAGCUCACGCUUGGCCCUCUACACUCUGCCCUUUUUUGUGACCUGCUCUGUGGAUUGUCACUCAAUGUUUGUGCGUGAGCAGUUGCCAGGGGACAGCAAGGAUGUUUUGCAAAUGUCUGUGUGGAGCUCAAAAUGUGUCUCAUUGUCAAAUCAAAAUAAUGUACCACGUAUUCAUUCACACACACACAAGCUUCAGAGGAUGAAAUCUGUGAAGACGGUGAUGACUCUGAACCUGUUGAGACUUUGCAACAGAUUAUGGGAUUGCUGUGCCGACAGGACUUCAUGAUGACUGGCUCCGGUCCUGCACUGAUGUAAAUACUCGACAUACUCUCCCUGUGUGGGCCUCUGGACACUGACAUUUAGGUUCAAGCUGCACACCAGCUCUGCGAUUUGGAGCCCUAAAGAUCUGACCUCUGCCUCUAUUUCACUCCCACUGUUAGAUUUCUCCCUCGCGUUGGGGCCGGCUUACUACCCCCUACCGUCCCCUUGACCAGUCUGGCAGAACAGGCAUUUCAACACCCAUCUCUGAUCGGGUCUUCAGCCGCUGAGGUCACAUUUGCACUAUUGAAGUGGUUUCUCAAUUUAGCUGCGGUAAUUGCUUCAAAACAAAGAGUUGUAUUUGUAUUUUAUCGUAUUUGUUUUACCUGAAGAUUGUGCACUGUUGGUUAAUAUCACUAAUAGAACAUUUAACUCAGAUAGUUUGUAGGACAGUGUUGGUUUAACCAAAACAUGUUUACAGAUUGAUGGAUGUAAAAAGUGAUCAGAACUUGUUAAUAGCAGUGUAAUAUCAUUAUUAACAACAGUAGUUUAGCUGGUUUGUAAUUGCAAUAGCUUGUGGGACAUUGUACAAUUCGGCCCAUGCCAGUCGAAUUUCCACAAGGAUGGCUCUGCAUCCAUUUACUACAUCUGCAGUGGAACCAAUAUAUUUGUGAUGAUAUCUGAUGCUUUCUAGUGGGGGUUGAAAUGAGUCUUAUUGUGGUCCUGUUAAAAACUCUGUGCAAGUCAAACAUAUUUUUCUAUGAGGAAAUAUUGUAAAAAUAAAUAUUUUCAAUGUAUGUUUUUGAACCUUUUUUUUGUACUUUACUCUUGAUUUUUGCCUUAAAUUGUAUUUGAUGUUGUGUAGAGAUUUUAAAUGAUUUAAUGUCUUUGACCAAAGCAUUACGUUUCACUGUUACUUCAUGACAAAGUGCAUUACAUCGAGUUGAUUAUUUACGACAUGUUUUAGACAAAAUCUACAGUAUGUGUGUGUACGAGUGUCUAGGUAAUUGUUGUAGAGUUGUAUUUACUGUGAACAUAAAGACAGCUAUGACACAUACAGCACACUUCUCUGCAGAACCAGAGGACAUAAGGAGGCCAGUGUUAAAAUUCCGUUUGUGUUCUUUUCAGGACUGAGCAGGUUUUAUAGAUUUGGAUUGAAGCAGUGUGUGAGAGGAUUACUUAGUCAAGGUUGUUAUACCUGCUAUGAAAGGGGAAAAGGCUGAUAAGUUUUUCGGAUGUAUUUAACUGCAAACCUGCACAGCGAAGUGGUACGUGCCAGCCAGCAGAGAGCUGUCUUGCCUUUUUAUUUCACCGCCUGUACACCAUAGGUGGUCCGGUAAUUAGCUGUUUGAUUACUAAUAGGUAUGUCUAUCUUCCCUUAGUGCCACCCCUGUAAUUUCAGUGCAUUACUUGGUAAUUAUAUAAUAUUAUAGAAACAAUACUGAAAUACUUAACUUUCUCUUGUUUGGGAAUAAGAUUGUUAAUAAUGAAACAUUGUUAUAAAAGCAUCAAUAUGAUCAUUUCCCCUAAUGUAUACACAAUUGUUAUAGCAACUUCAAAGUCGUUAUAACACAUAUUGAUAUUGUACUGCCAGGACGAUACCAUUGAGGAGUGGGCAGCAUUUUGGUACAACAAUCUUAGCAAAUGGCAAAUGAUAAUCUAAUGGUUAAAUUGAUGAUUGUUCUCUGCAUGUUAAUUAUUGGAUAUUGUUAACUAAUGGCAAUCAAUUGUGAUCUUUGGUAUAAAUGGUCUUUACCAUAAAUCCUACCACCGAAUGUUGAGUAAAUGCACAUCAGUACUUGAAUUAUUAAUAACGAGCUGAUUUUUCAAUGUUAAGAAUGCUAUAAUUGAUAUUGUUAUUUAAUAUUGUGACUUUACCUCUCACCUUUGCCUUACAAAUGCACUUAUUCAGUGGGAAUUAUGGAAAUCAUAUACAUUCCAGGUUCAUCUUGACAAAAUAACCCUAAUAUCAAAGAAAAAAAGAAAAUAUACUACAAGGUAAAAAAUAUUGUAUUUAUUGAGAGAUUUAACCGUCACACAAUUAUUGUCUUCAAUUAAAUAUAACAAACCUCUAGUACUGAUAGAUGUUUUCAAUGGGUAUUUACCAUUCAUGACUUAACUAUUAGGUAUUGACAUAAUUUGCCAUUUGUUAACUAUAAGUAUAACUUAUAAAGUAGUAUAAACUUUUAUUUGACUAACAUUGUGUUGUAGCCUCUUUAAAAAAAAGUGAUAUAUUUUUUUGUGGUCUUAUGUUUAGUCUCAAUAGUAUUAGACACUGGCCUUUUGACCAAUGUGUAUUGUUUUGUACAGAUCCCCUGGUGACCAAUAUGUUGUGUUUAUUGGACUAAGUCCAUCUUUAUUGCAUAAAUAAAGAUAUUUCACCGUUAAAUAAUU